CCCCCGCCCCCGCCCGCGCCGCCCGCACCCCCGCUGCCCCGCCCCGCCCCCGCCGGCGCGGGCUCCCUCACCUACCGCCCCACGCGCGCGCGCUCGCGCACCACGCGCCCCGCGCGGCCCGCCCGGAUCGUGGCCUCCCGAGAGCAAGAUAUGGGAAAGCAGAACCACCAAAAGGAGUGAUGACCAGCGAUCUCAUGAUAAAUCUGGAUGUUAGUUCUCAUGCCUCAGGACAUCCAGUUGGGAACUCCACGCCGGCUCUUGGGAUCGGACUUCGUCCGCUUACUACCCCUCUUUGCCUGAACUACUAAAGCCAGUCCUAGCUAACCACGAAUGGCUACCCAAAGGAAACACUUGGUGAAAGAUUUCAAUCCUUAUAUCACCUGCUACAUCUGUAAAGGGUACCUGAUCAAGCCAACUACAGUGACAGAAUGCCUCCAUACCUUCUGUAAGACUUGUAUUGUCCAGCACUUUGAAGACAGCAAUGAUUGUCCAAGGUGUGGCAACCAAGUGCAUGAGACAAAUCCAUUAGAAAUGUUGAGGUUGGAUAAUACAUUAGAGGAAAUUAUAUUUAAGCUGGUCCCUGGACUGCGAGAACAAGAACUUGAGCGUGAAUCUGAAUUUUGGAAGAAAAAUAAGCCUCAAGAAAAUGGACAAGAUGAUACUUCAAAAGUUGACAAACCUAAAGUAGAUGAAGAAGGUGAUGAAAAUCAAGAUGAUAAAGACUAUCACAGAAGUGACCCACAAAUUGCUAUAUGUCUAGAUUGUUUACGAAAUAAUGGACAGUCAGGAGACAAUGUAGUAAAGGGUUUAAUGAAGAAAUUCAUUCGAUGUUCUACCCGUGUAACUGUGGGAACUAUUAAAAAAUUUUUAAGUUUAAAACUAAAACUUCCAAGUUCUUAUGAGUUGGAUGUGCUGUGCAAUGGUGAAAUUAUGGGGAAGGAUCACACUAUGGAAUUCAUCUACAUGACAAGAUGGCGACUAAGAGGCGAAAACUUUCGGUGUCUGAACUGCUCAGCUUCGCAAGUCUGCUCUCAGGAUGGCCCUUUGUAUCAGUCCUACCCCAUGGUAUUGCAGUAUCGACCAAGAAUUGAUUUCGGUUAGACCAAGGGGCCUAGAUCCCACGGAGAUGACUCCUGCACUCUUUGUUUACUCAUCAGCAGAUCGCACAGGGAACGGUGUGUGGACGAGAGGGACACAACCAGAUUUUCAGCAUGCAAAUAAGGCCAUUGUCUGUCUCUAAAUUGUCAGUUGCAUUUAUGUUGUUUCUAUUAAGAGUGAACCAAGUGCCAUUCUGCUACUGAAUCAUCCGCAUACGGUAUUUGUGCUGUCUCAGUGUACAAGUCGUGGUUGCAAUCAGCUACGGGUGCAGCCACGAUUCAGCCUCCCGGAUAUUUUGCUUGCCUGUUCCAAGACCGUUCUAACGUUUGAUUACACUAGUAAUAUGACUCAAUCUGUGUGGUGUUGCAGUUUUCACAUACUUAAUAUUUUAUUAAUUUUUGUUUAAAUAGAGUACUGUACAAGAAAUAAUUAUUAUAUCUUGAAGUUAUUUUGUAUGGGAAAGUAUUUAGAAGAGUGGUUUUUGAGCCACGGUCCUGUUCUAAGCUUUUUCUGUGUGAAAUAGUUCACUUUUGAGUGUGCAAGACUUUGGGGGAAGAAUUCCAAUUAUUCUCGUCAUUAGAGCACAUUAUAGUUGUAGACAUGUUAAGUCCUCCAGCUGUGUGGUCUACCUACCAUUGCACAAGGAGGCAUGCUAGCCCUCCAGAUUGAAAGUGUGUGUGACCGGGUGGACCACUGAAGUCCGAUUCAGAACCAUUGGAAAGGUCGACAGCUGGCCACACUUACUUCUGACAAAAUUACUGCAUCAGCAAGGUCAGUCUUUCGUAAUGCCUUAUGACGAGCAGGUGCUGCUUCGUGAAACAUCACUGUGUAGCCCGUUCUAUGUAUGCGUCAUUCUAUUGUGGCUCUCAUUUAAUGAGUAGAAUGUCUCUCUUUUUAAGUUGGCCUUAGGUGUGUGUCAUUGUGGCAUGCAGAGGGUUAUGAUGAUUUUAAAUAUUAGGAUUUUUAGAGCAGAUAACAUUAGCUAUUUUAUGGAUUUUAGAAGUCUCAAGGCAAUUAUAAAUUAAAACUGUUACCUAUCGCAGCUCCAAAACCACAUGCGUCUAAUAGAGUAACUGCAGUGUAGUAGGUGAACAUGCUAACCCAAAUUAAUGAUUUGAGGAGAUUCCAUUUUAGAUCCUGUAGUCAGCAGGGGGAAAUGGGAUUCUUGUUUUAUACAUAAACUCGUUAAGGUCAGAGCUGGGAUAAUGUCCUUGAUUUUGCAGUUUUGUUAAGUCUUCCAUUCAUUUUGAGAUUAGUCUGCAAGUCAGAGAAAGUCUCAUUACCUGAAAUUAUGUGAAGAACUUCGUUUGAAACCUUUAAAUCGACAGUUGUUUUCAAACAAACUUAUUUGGAAAUUGUUUUGUUAAUUGCCUCAAAAUAAACAAGUUAACCUCCGAAACUUAGUAAAAGUCUUGAAAGCUAGGAAAAACUGUUUUAGAAAUCUGACACGAGCACAAUCUGUGUGUUACACACAUAGUUUUUAUACUGUAUACAUUGUAGACGUGCUACAUUUUCCAGUAAAAUGUAUCACGGAUUAAUGCCUUCUGAAUCUCAAAAUGCUUCUUAGGAAUAAAACAUUGUACAACUCUAAAAAACACAUACAAAAUACAGCUAAAUCUUGAUGCAUUUCACACUAUAAAAGGCUGAAACUUCCUAAAUUACCUUUUCAUGUGUCAUUGUUUCAAGUCAGGAAGUCUCUAUCACAGUUUUCUGUCGUUAUUGUUUGGACUUUUGUGAAAAAGGUUAUGGCAGUGCUUUCUUAAUUUCAUUCUGUUAGAUUCUGUUUGUGCCUGGAGGGACUCAGAAGCAGAAUUUAAAAGGCAGAUUAUUGUGAACUCUUUCAAGAUGGUUAGAACAGACCAUUACACUCAACCAAAAACAGCAUCUACUCUCUAGCUACAGAAAUUAUUUUGCUGUGCUGUGAAAUCCAAUUCCCUGACAUCCCUAGGAAAUUCUAAUAUUAUAAAUUUGUCACAUCUAGGUCAGUGAUUAAAAUAGUGUUUUACAUAUGGAAGUUAACUAACUCAAAAUGAAUUGGGAGUGCAUUUUAAAGUAAAACCACAAAUGAGACCUGUGUGUUUUGGGUUCCCCAGCCAAAACUUAGAGCCUUCAGUGAGUUUUAGACACAUGAGCUCUUUAAGUUGGGUCUGUUGCUGCCUCAUCACAUGUAAUUUUACUGUUUUCCAAGGAAAUAUGUAGGAAGCAAUUAUGGAAUUGAGAAUCGUUUUAUGUAAAAUUCCUUUAUUCACUGUUCACAUGUUAACAUUUUUAUGGAAAUGCAGUGGAAUAUGUGCCAAAACAUGUGAAAGGAAACCAUAAGGGAAGCAGGGCAUCAGUUGGCAUUUAGGGAAACGUACAGUUUAGGACCAUCCUGAGUGAUACAGCAUUACUAUUCAGAACUGUAGACUUCUUCAACCCGCCUCUUGUGGUAUAUUCAGCUAUAAUUUCCUAAGUAUGGGACUGCUUUCAUGUCUGAGCAAUACACUAAUUAUCCCCUAAGUCAGCUUAAGGAAUUUGCAAGAAACCAGAUACAAGAAACAUAUACAGGUGACUUUUGCAGUUAGUUUUAUAAACUUAGGGUGCUAAUAAAGCUCUUACAUAAGUAAACUGUAGGAAUAAUCCUCUGAAUCUGCAAAACUGGAGAAAACUCAAUUAAAUUUGUUUAAAUUUGUUGUCUCUUAAGCAAGAAACCGAAAGAACUUUACCUUCCAUAAAGGACUUUGUAAUCGCUUUUCUCUGCCCUAGGAUGUCAGAGAUAUAAGAGGGCCAAGGAAGCUUGGAUAUAAAGAAGGACUGUGGUUCAUGCAUACCACUUUAACUGAAGUAAUCACAUCAGUUAACAGAAAAAUCAGAAUAUGGCCUUUUCUCUAGAUGAAUGGAAUACUUUUAAGAGGUAUAAAAAAUAAACUAAAAGGCUCACUGAUGAGGUAAGAUAAGGUCAUUCAGUCUGGGGUGUGGGUACUUUGGGUAAGGUCUUUUAACUACUUUUAGAAAAGUGUAUUAUUUAUCCAUUGAAAAAUCUGUCCCAUACUCAACUACAUUAUUCACUAAAACGAAAUCCAAAUUUAAGUGAUUCUUGAAGGGGGAAAAGUGUGUUACAUAAUAUUGUCAACUCUUUAGCUUUAGUGAAAUAUUUAAGAGAAAGUGCCUCUUUUGCUAAAAGUGCAUUUCUGUUUAGAUUUGCUGCAUAACUUUUGAGUUCUCUGUACCUGUCUCUUAUGAAUGGUUUUAUAUCCAAAUAGGCACUCAUAAGUGAGAGUAAUCUCUUUUUGAAAGAUUUUCAUAAGAAGUAGAGAUCACCAAAGACAUUCUACUGUUGAUUAACAAUCAUGCUAGAGAGACAGUUUUAACAGUUUGGAGGGUGGAAUUUUUUAGGUUGCAAUUUAAUUUUAUAUAGUUAGGCAAUAACCUUAAGUAACCUUAACUGCUACAAUAUCACCAAAGAAAGGCUUUAAACUGAUUUUUGUGGUGAGAUCAAUCAAAUGUAGGUUUUUCUUGCAAUAAUCAGAGCACACUUCCUCUCCAAUAAUGGCCCUUGUUUUUCCAGCACCAUCUGACAGGUCUUAGGAAAUCCUCAAAGGUGAGAAAGAGAUAAAGCACCACAGUUAGCUCCCCCUUUGGAUGCAAGUGGGAGAAAUACAUCCUUUGAAGAGAAUAUUGAAAUUGAGAUUUUAAAGUUUAAUUUGAGAAGCUCUUUAAUUCACUUCAUUAGAGUCCAUAUAAACAAAAUUUAUGCUUAUUUGGUUCCUGGGUUCUUAGUAAAAGGAGAAAUUUCAUUACAGACAGACUUUGGUAGAAGUGCUGACAUGCUUACUUGUAUAAGAAAUAGUACAUUCUAUUGGACUUACCUAAGUGGGGUUUUUUUUUUUUUUUUGUAUUCAAAAGCAAAGUUUUCAUAAAGGCUGAUUUUUUUUUCUUAAAAAGCAACUCUUUGUCUUCUUUCUUAGUGAUUACCUUAUUGUGAUUAGAAUGUAGCCAUACGGCCAAAUUUGGCAAAAUAAGUCCCAGAUCAAGAGCAUAUACAUCAAGUUAGGCACUGCCCAUCCGCCGUUCUCCCUGGGAGCUUACGCUGUGGCCACCUUGAAGGUCAAACUCACGUGAUGCAGCCUGAUAGGCCACUGGGUCAACCUCCUUGGAUGCAGUCUGCCACAUACUCUGGUUUAUCGUAAGGAAUCUUCCCUCCGGCUAAGCUUUAUACCAGUAAGAUGUUGGUUGUAGGAAUUGCAAAAAUGAAUCCGUUUGCCAUAACUUUAAUCUUUUGGAUUAGAAACAAAAACGUGAAAAUGCUAUUAAUACUGUAAGACAUAGAUCCUUACAGUAAGAAACGUAACAUGCCCGCCAGAUCUGGUCUAUGGAAAAGUCAAAAAAGAUGACAUAUACUAGAGAUGCAGAAACCCUUCGAAAGCACAAAAACACCAUCCAGUUCUGGAUUCACUUGGCGUACCUAGGUCUGUAGUAUUUUUGAUGGAAAAACUUCAGAUUGAAAGGUCAUUAAAAUGUACUUCUACAUUACAGGGUUUUCAUGGUUUUCUUUUUCCUAAAACAGAGGUAUUUUCCCAAUAAUUUAAAAUGAUUCUCUUCCUAGGGAAGAGCCUUCACAAAUGGUAUAUUUACUCACUAUCCUUAAACUGUAUUUGCAAAUAGAAUUAAAAUGCUUCAGCACUUCCUUUUCAGAAAGUUAUAAAACUUUAAAAUAAUUUAUUUUAAAUGCUCAAAUAUGUAUACUCAUUGUGCCCCUUUUUCUAGGAUUCAGUACUGAGACAUUAUUCAGAAAUGCCUUUUAAUUUUAAUUGUCUUUAAAUAUAGAAUCAAAUGAAAGAUCUGUUAAAAUACUGGGUCUAGUUUUCUUCCAUCUUUCAGAGCUUCAUGGAGUAAGAAACUAAUCUAGUACAGACGAAGAUUAAAUAUUUCUGGGCACAUUGUACAGACAGUAAACAGAUCAUCUAUCCCUAGACUGCACCUCAGUCCACUGGAGCAGAAGUUCUACACGUUAGAAAUGUAAUGGGAUCAGCCUCACAUUUUGGGGGGUCGGUUUUCUUUUGCUGUAUUUUUUAGAAUGGGGAUGGGGGCCUAAGUGUCCUUACGAAGCUGUGGCCCACGACGAGAGCUUGUGGGAGAGCGCCAGCCUUCAGCUGCGUUCCUGUACUUGGCGACAACAGCAAGCACCAGAGUUUGGUAGAGUAGCCCUCCCGUCAGACAAGACCGUCACAGGAUAUACUGUAUAGUUAUGUUGCUAAUUUUCCUUUGAAAUAUAAAAUAUUUUAAGCUUUUUUUGUCAAAAGUGGUAACAUCUUAAUACAAAUAAAAACCUUUUUGUGGUUGUAAGAUUUAGCUUAUAAAUCAUUCAAAUUGAAGUGAAAGAUUACCAGGUCAUUGUUAAUGACUUCGUCUAUUAAGAAUAUAUGUAUUUUUGUAAAGGAAAAGCACUUGUAGAUAUUUAAUCAGUACAAGAUAUAUGUCUGUUUUGCAGAAAUAAAAUGCUGCUUAGAGAUUCUCUUUAAAUAUUUUUAUUUUUGUGCUCAAAUGUAUUUUCUGUUGAUCUAUGGAAUGUUCUGUAUAAAGCUGUAUGGUUGUACCGUUGGGCUAGAUUCUUUUGUUUUUUAAAAUCUGGACUUAGCCGAGUAUAUUUGACCAUGUUAAAAAUAGUAUCUUUGUUAUUAAAAUUCUGAUUGCAUAA